GAUAACUUGACCCUGUGACUUGAAGCGCCAUCUUCCCUUCUUCUACAUGGUCAUUGUGUUUACAUCCAAAAGGUGGAGUGAAUAAAAUAAAAUAAACAGAAGAUGUCAUUUCUCGAUCAACAAACCACUGCUACAAAAAUAUUUUCUGAGGAUCAAAUCAGCAACUCCUACACAGGAGAAGAAGAAAUAAAAACAUACAAGAGUCCCCAGACAUGGUUUAUUAGCUUGUUACACCACGUUUUGCAGUUUCAAAGUGUGAACUAUUUGUAUUGUUUUCUGUUUAUUCUUCAAACUGUGUUCAUUAUACUUGUAUUACUUAGAAAAUCAAGGAGUAAUAUUUGUUUUAAAAAUGGAACUAUUUCCUACUUAGCCAAGAAAUGCAGCAGCAAAGUGAUAAACAAUGUACUUUCGAUGAUAGACAUUGACUUAAACCUUACGGACUCAGAUGGAAUGGCUCCUUUACAUCUUUACGCAGAGAAGAAAAACGUAUGUUUUGGGGAGUUGUUAUUAAAUGGUGGCGCAGAUGUUAAUGUCAAAACUAAAGGUUAUGACUCAGGAAAGAGUCCAUUGUUUAUUAGCGCGGCAAGAAAUCACAAAGACUUUGCACAACUUUUGGUGAAAUGGAAAGCAAAUGUCAAUGAAAUGAGUGGUCGUAGUGAAAAACAAUCAGCUUUACAUGUGUGUUUUGAACGCGGAUAUGUAGACAUUGCGGAUACUCUGUUGGAUGCAGGUGCUGAUGUAAAUCUGGCUGACGGAAAAGGUAAGACAGCUUUACAUUAUGCUGCUAGGUACGAAAGUUUGAAACUUGCCCAGCUGCUAGAAAAGCGUACAAAUAAUUAUUGCUCUAGUGAAAAGCCUGACAUGAAAGAUUGGACAGCUUUAUAUAAUGCUGCUAUAGAAGACAGUAAGAAACGCAUCCAGUUACUUUUAGAUAAAGGCGCGGCUAUUAAUAUCAUUGACAAUUUUGGACAAACGGCUUUACAUUACGCAUCAUACAGCGGUUUAAGUGAAAUAGUCGAUUUUUUACUUGAAGCUGGAGCCUCAGCAGAUAUCAUAGACACCCGUGGUGAAACAGCUUUACACUGUGCUGUUGCGUACGCGCGAAAUCCUGAAACAGCCUUAACACUGUUAAAAAAGACAAACGUUUUUGACAUCGCAGACAGAAAUGGCAACACUGCUUUGCACUACAGCUGUCGGGGCGAUCUUAAAGAAGUUGUGGAAGCGUUACUGGUAGCUGGAGCUGAUGUUGACCGCAGACACCAGCUCUGGGGGAGGACCCCAUUGCACUACAGUGUAACAGGGAAGAAGGUUGAGACCAUGAGACUACUUAUCCAACGUGGCGCUACUCUUGACAUCACAGACAUCGAUGAUCAGACAGUUUUGGAUAUGGCCACUAUGUGUUUAAACGAUGAAGCAGUUGCUGUUCUAAGACAACAUGGAGCUAAGUCAUCAACAGAGAUUAAAGAGAAGAACACCAGCACUGUUGUGGACUGUUCAACGUUUACUGAAGUAAAAUCAACGACAGAAACAGCUUCAUCACCAAAUAUUACAACGCCACCAGCUUCGACAAAUACUCCAUCUUUAAGUGAUGAUACUGCCGGAAGUAAUGAUAAUUCGACAUAUAUGGAUACAGCACCAACAGCUUCUACAACUACACCAGAUGCAAGUGAUGACACUACCCCAAGUAAUGAUACUGCACCAUCUAUGGACACAACACCAAAAGCUUUUAUAACUACUCCGAACGAAAGUAAAGAUAUUAACCCAAGUAAUGAUAAUGCACCACCUUUGGAUACAACAUCAAUAGCUUCUACAAUUAAUACAAAAGCAAGUGAUGAUAUAACCCCAAGUACUGAUACUGCACCAUCUAUGAACACAACACCAACAUCUUCUACCACUACACCAGAUGCAAGUAAUGAUACUACCCCCAAUACUGAUACUGCACCAAAACAGCAAAUGUUAAAUGAGAAUCAUCAGACAUUCCUGGAGAAUCGUAUGAAUGUGUUGGACCAAUCUGUUACUGAUCAUGAUCAUGCAGCCGGACUUGGUCUAGAAAAUGCAUAUAAACUAGAUGCGAUGGAUAUACAAGAAACUAGUUGUGUCUUUGAUUCCACCAAAAACAAGGAGAAUAUAAAUACGAAUACUACCAAACUAAACACUGUGAAUGAGGGCUGCAUUGAGAAUUUCGAAGACACGAAACAAGCCCGAAUAAAACAGACGGACGCUAACUUUCCAUGUUUGGAUUUCCUUGAUGUAAUGCGGUGUGUUCUAAAAACCGAAAUUACUACAAUUAUAGAAAAUCAGAGCAAUUGCAGCAUUGGAAAUAUGAAUGUAAAUUGGAAUGUAAAAUACAAACCAACCAUCAUUAAUCACUGCGAAGAAUUAAACAUAAAGAAACCAAAGUACGUAGCAAUCGACAGCAAACUAAAUCUAUUUGUUGGGAAAUCCUAGAGCAUCGUUUAACGGCUUGACAACUUCAUUUGUCAAGUUUAGAGAAGUCUGUGAGAGAGGAGUCUGCGUAGGAUAGAUCUAGCCAGCGAAUGACUCCUUUAGUGGGGCACAAGACUGCUCUAUUGGCAUCCUACGUUGGUAAAGGACAAAAUGUGUUUGUGUAGUAUAUAGACUAUAUGUAGACAAUGUUUAGACAAUACCUAUAAAAUACGUAGACAAUGUUCAUUAAGUGGACCAGUGUAGAUUUGUUGAAAGCGUUAUUUGACUUGACUUAGCAAGAGACAUCUCUCUGUAUCUGAAUAUAGUAUGGAUAUAUAAAUAUUGUUAGAAGUCAAACUUAGUGGCUAAUUUAGUAACUGUUUUAACUUUUUCUUACAAAAAGUGUUAGGCCACAUAGACACAAGUCACUAUUUAAGUAUUUUACAAGCACACGUGUAUUACUCAUUAUUUUUACUGUUAUUAAUUCUACUAAUUUAUCUUGUAAAAUUUUAAGACUGAAAUUUUCAUAAUUUUGGUCCAUGUUUUCUUAUUGGAUUAUUUCCUAAAGGCUGUGGCUUUUUUUCCCAUAUGUGUAAGUGCAGUUAAUAAACAUUCUAUUACUAUAUAACAUUUAAAGCUUCAUCAGCUAUAUGUCAGCGUCGUUAUAUCUAAAUUUAAAAAUAGGUAAUGUA